CUCGCAAAUCCUUCUUUCUUUUUGCUCUUAUAUUUUGUUAUUGUUUAAUUUUUCAUUUGGAUGAGUUUAUAUAUCCAGAGAUUGAAACAAGAAAACAUCAGUGGCAGUGAGAGAGAGAGAGAGAUGGAAGCUGGAAAGGGAACCGUCAAAGCUGUGGCUCUCAUCGUCGGAGAUAACAACGUCAAGGGUUCUAUUCACUUCCUUCACCAAUCCAAUGGUACUACUCAUGUUUCAGGAAGGAUAACAGGACUCUCACCGGGGCUUCAUGGCUUCCAUAUCCAUGCUCUUGGUGACACUACCAAUGGCUGCAAUUCCACGGGUCCUCACUUCAAUCCUCUUAACAAACACCAUGGAGCUCCUGCCGAUCAUCACCGUCAUGCUGGUGAUUUGGGUAACAUUCUUGCAGGCCCUGAUGGGGUUGCUGAGAUUUCUAUCACAGAUUCACAGAUUCCGUUAAGUGGAGUGCAUUCCAUACUUGGCAGGGCGGUUGUUGUGCAUGCUGAUCCUGAUGACCUUGGAAGGGGUGGUCAUGAACUCAGCAAAACUACUGGGAAUGCAGGUGCAAGAGUAGGAUGCGGUAUCAUUGGGCUUCAGUCAUCUGUUUAGGAUGGUUUGCUGCAGAUACUUGAUAUAUUCGCAGGUCUAUGGUUUCAAUAUAAGAUUAGAAGUACGAUGUAACUACUUUUAUAGCAACUAAAGUGUGACAUGUUAAAAGUUUCAUAUCAACUCCAUGACAAUCUUGGUUCACAAUAUAUAAGGUGGAGUUAUCUUGGUCUUGA